UGCUGCAUAAGAUCCUACCUGCAUUGCGAUGCUUCGCGGCACUGAUUUUCCCUCUGCCCGCAGCUGCGAACACGAUACUCUGGAAGAGCGUACAUGCUUCGCAGGAAGCUCGACCCCUUAGAUAAACCAACCCAUGGCGCCGCGAAAAUACGGCAAAAUCAUCUUGACCCCACCAACACAAGCUGAAAUCAUCGAGGGCGAGCACGACGACGAAAACACCUGGUCGCCUUUGCAGACCGCCGCGCGCAAUGGCGAGUAUGAGACCGUCGCCACGCUGAUUGACCAAAACAUCGACAAUAACCAGAAUCUCGACAAUCUUGUGAAUGAAUCCCCGCACGGCUGGUAUGGCCAGACUGCAUUGCAGGCGGCAUCUGCCCAUGGCUAUAUAGAUAUCGUUAAUAAACUGCUCGACGCGGGUGCUGAUGUUGAUGCUCCCGGUGGGAAUAAUGGCGGCCGCACUGCUCUAACAGUCGCUGCGUUACAUGGGCAUAUCGCAAUUGUGAAGAGGUUGCUAGAGGCAGGCGCCAAUAUCAACUCCCCUGCACAUAAAUACAUGGGGCGGACCCCAUUGCAGGCUGCAGCAGAGGGCGGUCAUAUGGAAAUCGCAACACUGCUGCUGGACAACGGCGCUGAUAUUAAUGCACCGGUAGCAAAUAAUAAUGGCCGUUCUCCUUUAACAGCAGCUGCGGCGUCAGGGAAUCUGGAACUGCUCGAGUUCUUUCUUGAAAAAGGAGCCGAUAUAAAUCCACCGCUGAUGCGGUACAAAUGCUUAACGCCUCUCCAGGCCGCUGCAUUUGGAGGUCAUCUGGACUGUGUCGAAAGGUUAAUAUCCGCUGGGGCUUCUGUCAACGCAGAUGGAUGCUAUUACCAGGGAUAUACCGCUCUAGCCGCAGCUGCGGAACAGGGACAUGCAGCUGUAGUGGAAAUACUAAUCCACGCCGGUGCCGAUGUAAGGCAACCAGCAGGAAACAAAGGCUGGACCGCUUAUCAAAUGGCUUACUUUGUAGCUCAGGAGGAUAUUGCCAAGAGACUGUGGGAGUUGGACAAAAGCUAUUGAACUCUCUGUCUAGUGAGAUUACUCAGUAGCAAAUUAAGAUAAAGUGCAAAUUCAAUUAGAUUAGAUAUAAAUCUAACUUUCUACAUAUGCAAUAUUGAUAUCCC